GGAAGAUGUGAGUGAAGAGAGCAAGGAAGGACCAGUCAUAUCUGUAGAAGAAGGAGGGAAAGUACUUGAAAAUGCUAAAAAAUCCUUGGAACAAGAAUUUGCUACAGAAAAAGAUGUUAAGUAUGUUAAAGAGUUAAUAAAAUGUUUAAAUAAUAUUGAAGAUAAGGCAAAACAUCAGUAUUUGUUGACAGAAUUUUGUUAA